UAUUUGGAAACCACCGUUUCAAGAAGGCCUGAGCCACAAAUAACGGUAACUGAACAAGUAUAACAGUUUGAGUAAAUAAAAAUAAUAUCAAAAUACUGCUGAAAGCCAUUUCAUUGCAAUGUCAUUACCAGAAACAAGGAAGAUAAUCAUAUAUUUAAUUUCUUCUACAUGCAGUGCUGUCUCACUUCCUUCACAUAAGCUUUGUAAUCUUAUUUGAAAGCAGUAACGUUGUUUAUAGCAGCUAUAAGUGCUGUUAAUAGUUAACAGGUGCAUUCUUACAAUGCACAAACAAUAGACAAAUAAUACAGAUACAUAUAUCGUAGUGAUAAAAGGUCAUCUAAAUAUACUGAAAAUGAAAAUAUACAGUAUGUAGUAAUAAAAUAAGUUUAAAAAAAAUAAUUUCAUUGGUUAAUGCAGCUGUCGUUUACAUUGACAUUACAGAAAAACCACAGGAAGCAGUACCUCCACCAGGUGACUGGUGUAGCUGGUGUGGCGGCUCAUUGUUCAGUUCAGACUAACACAUAAAGUUUGGUCAGUGUCCACAAAUAAAAUAAAAUAUAGUGUUUGUAUCAGACAGGCACAGAUGUUAACAAAUACAAUUUAAAAAAAUCAAUUGGCUGUUAAUGAAAUAGUGGAUUGUUCAUGUAGUGCUUCAUUAAAACCCGCAUCCUACCCCUGCUAUAGUGCAAUAAUGUAAUUCUGAAAAGGCAUACAGUAUCUAUGCUUCAUAUUGUCCUCCAGUUUGCAUUGUUUACCCCCCUUGCCCACACAUUCACAUUAACAAUCAUAUAUCUGCAGGUAUAUGAGUGAUAAAUGCCAUGAAUGCAAGCAACCAUGUUUUCCCGUUGUGUCUUACAAAUAACCUGAAAUAUGUAGUGUAGUUUCCAACAUUUUUGGAAGAGACAACAAAACUUGGUAUAUGAGCUCACAUACAAAUAUAAACACCAAGUAAUAUGAUGUCACAAAUAGCUAUGUUUUAAAAGCUUAAAAAAACAACAAAAAGCUAAAGACUACAGUAAGGCCUCGUUUUCCUUCUUCACCUUGCAUCCUUUUCUCUUCACAUUUAUCUUUCAAAGGUUUCAGUCCAGUGUCAGUCUCUCUACUUUCAAGACCCUGUUGACAGCGAAAGUUAUAAGUAGUCACUGUGGCUGCAUGUCAGAGCUCGGGCAGAUCUCCUUCGCCCCAACACUUUUCCUCCUCCCCCAGUGCAGAUGUCUGUAGAUGGAGUCAAACACUGACACCGUGUAGUGAGCAAACAGGCUGGUCCACUUCACUGCCUCCACAAUCCACUGGACGGUGCGACCCACGAAGGCCACAAACACUGUGGUGUAAUGGGCGAGUAGCAUCAGACUCCUUCCCAGCUGCCUGCCACGGUUGAUGAUCAAGUUGACUCUUUGAUCAUGUCCUGCCAUCUUUUGACUUCUGUGUGAUUUCCAAGGUGCAGAAAAGUCAAUUUUGUAGCUCAAGGGUGCAUUUUUUCGUUUUUAAGACACAUAUGUCUUAAGCUGAUGCUCCCUAAGUAGGUGUAGACGUCUGGAAAUUUGCAGCCAGUCCCUUUUGCGUUGGUCCAAUCAGCGCAGAGAAAGCUUUGUUUCCGGGAGUGUUUGGUGAUGUGGCUCUGCUCUGAAAUCCGUACGAGGAAAUAUAGCAAAUAAAAACCAAGGAACAUUUACCUGAGAAGCACUCGCACAGUGCCAUCUUUAUGUUUAGCCGUCUGGCCACAGUCCUCCAGGAGCUCUCUGGAGAGGAGGGCACAGAUGGAGACUCACAGGGCAUGCUGGUGCCUCAGCUACCUGCCGGAGAGGGCCAGGCUCCAGUGGAGUCUGAGGCACCCGAGGAGGCCUUGGAGAGGCUGGCCCACCUGGAACAACUGGUGGUCCAGCUGAAGGAGCUCAUCAGAGACAAAGACACCCAGCUCGUUGAGAAGGACACUGAACUAUCUAACAAAGAUGCACAACUCAAGAAUGAAAAGGAUGCAGCUGAGGCUCGCUUCACUAAACUCAAACUGCAGGCCAAAGCUAAGAUGGCAUCACUCAGCAAACAGAUCAGUGAAUUGAAAGGACAAGAAGGAGCAACAAGCCCAGACAGCUCUUUCACAGGAGUGGGAUCUGCAAGAGAGGACGAGCUCCAAGAACUUCAGAGCAAGCUGAGCGAGGAGGAGGGGAACAGCAGGGCGCUUAAAGAACGACUCCAGGUCACCGAACAGCUCCUUCAAGAGAAGGAAUCUGCACACGCUGAACAGCUGCGGAUCCUACAGGCUGUGGUCUGUGAGAAGGAUGUGCGCUUUCAGGAGCAAAUCCAGAAACAUGAAGAAGAGCUGCUGAGGGUCACGUCGCAAUCUCAGAAUGACGGCGAGCUUCAGCAGACCCUGCAUACAGCCCAGCGGCGGUGUGAAGAGCUCGAAGAGGCCUUGAACUCUCGGUCCCAGGUGCUGGAAAUGCUGCAGCAAGAAGUCAGCAGUGCCGAUCAGCAGAAACAGAUCUUGACGGCUCAGUUCCGGCAGAUGGAGCAAGAGUUGACCGAGGCCGUCAAGCAGCAAGAGGAUGAGAGGCAGCAGUGGGCCGAACAGUCCAGCAGAACUGAAGCAGAACUCGCCUCUCUACGAACCAACCUGGAGGCCCUGGAAAGAGAAAGUACAGAGGCGGCAAGGCAGGAGAGUGAGCUGUCCUCCCUGAGAGAGGCAGAGCAUGUUCGACUGGAGGCUCUGGAGAAGGAGAAGAUGGAGGUUGUCAGGUUGGAGAGAGAACUGGCUUUGACGAAAGAGGCCGAGCUCGCAGCCGUCCAAGCGUGCCGUGAUGCUUCAGAGAGAGACGGGGCGGAAAUUGCUCGCCUUGAAGGAGAACUUGCAUCUAUGAGAGAGGCAGAGUCUGCAGCCAGCCAGGACACUGCGGAGAGGGAGAAGUCAGAAGUAAAUAAACUAGAGAGAGAGCUGGAUUCCCUCAGACAGGAGUACGAAGAUUCACAGAAGAAGGGUGAGAUGUUGAGUGAAGUUUGGAGACAUCUACAAUCUCUGGCUCUAGAAGAUGUUCAACCAUCAGAGGAAAGUCCAGUUCCAACAGAUCUUUCUCUGUUCGUGGACACUGUGCAGUCCAUUGAGACACAGCUGACAAGGCUGAAAGACGAACGUAUAGAGAGUGAGGAACUUCGUGUCGAGCUUAGCCACACCAUGGAAGCUCUUCAGGAACAAUUAGCCAGAAGAACCGCUGAAAAUGAAGAGUCCAUCACCAGGAUAGAGCAGCUGGAGCAGCAAAUUGAAACAAUGUCUGAAAGAGAUGCAGCUGAACCACCAACACAGAUUUCAUCUGAAACUGACAAAGCACACAUAUUGGCACUGGAGCAGCAGCUGUUGGAAAAAGACAAAGAGCUGGUUGCCUUGCAAGAGUCUCUUCAACUGGCUGAAGAGCGCAGCUCCAGUAAGGCUGCAUUGGGUGAAAAUUAUGAUCAGAGUCCAGAUCAAUGUCAGGAUGCCAGUACAGCCCCCCAUGACACUUCUGCAACCCAUCCUGACUCCCUGGAUAAUACACAAGAAGAGGAGACCACCUUAGUUGCUGAGGACACCUCUGUUAUCUCCAUUUCUGCUGAUAAUGAAAGUAGCCCGGAGCUUAUUGGAGACCAGUCUGAAUCACCAGAAGGAUCCAAAGGGACUUCAUCAGAUGAGAUGGUCGCCAGUAGUGAUUCAGAGGUGGCUCACAGCAGCUGGACCCUCCUGGAAGCUGUGAAUCAAGACGGAGGCCAGGAAUGGCCGUCCAUCCUGCAAGACUUUGGCCAGCUGCAGUUGCAGUCAUGGGAGGCAACAAGCAUGGAGCAGGAAACCUCCACAGUUCAGGCUGAGUCCUCAUCUGUCAUCAUCCGAGAGACGGUCCAGGUUCACUUAACUCAGAGUGAAUCCACCACGGAUGUACCCUCUGGCCAGGUCUUUGCCCAAAUCCUCGCCGAGGAACUCCAGAAGAGGUAUAGUGAACUUUUGGCUGAGCUGCAGAAACUGAGAGAGCUCGCUGCAGAGUCACAGGAGAAAAUCCAGAAUCUGGAGGAAGAAACACAAACACUCGCUACUGCCAAGGAAGAGGUCGAGUCCCAAGCCAGUGAUUUUGCAGAGGAGCUUAAGUUAGCCAAAGAGGAGUUGGACAAGCUUUCCCAGCAAAGUAGCUCUGUGGAGGAGAAGCAUGGUGUUGAAAUUCAUCUUCUGCAUGAACAGUUAGACAUUUUGAACAGUGAAAGUAAAGCCAAGGAGCAGAAGAUCCAGAUUCUGCAGUCAGAUUUAGAAAUGGCCCAACAAGCUCUCUCUGAACAGGAAGGUCAGGCCCGGAUGCUGAGUGCUCAGCUGGAAGACAGAGAGCUCCUCUCCUCUGAGCUUGAAAAGAAGCUUCAAGACAUGGAGAGCAGCAUGUUGGAGUACUCGCGGACAUCAGAUCUCAACAACGAUUCUUUGUCACAGAAGGACUCUGAGAUCUGUGAGCUGCAGCUUCGUCUCAGCCAGAAAGAGCAGGAGAUGACGGAGCUCAAUGACAGCAUGUCCGCUAAACUCCUUCAAGCAGAGGACAACAAGUUUGUGGUGGACAGUGAAGUCAACAAACUAAAGGAGCAGAUAGUAGAGCUGGAGAAAGUGAGAGACGAGAAACAGAAAGUAAGUGAUAAAGACUCCGCCACUCCUGCAGAGGAUGAACUUACUAGUUUACGAAAGGUCAAAGGGCAGCUAGAAACCCAGCUGACAAACGCAAAGAAGAAGUUGCAGGUGGCACUUGUGCAACGGAAAGAGCUUUUGAAGAAGGUUGCUGAUUUUGAGGCAGAAGCAAAGACUCAGAAAGAAAAAGGUGACGCAGCAGAACCAGAAACUGAAAAGUCUCAAGGACAGGAGAUUGAGGAAAUGAAGGUUAAACUCGCGGAACUGGAGCAAGCUUUAAGAUCCAAAGAAGAGACCGUUGAGACUCUUGAGCAGAAAAUUAUCCAACAGGCUCAAGCUCUUGCUGAUACACUUGAUCUGAAUAAAAAGCUAAAUGAAGAAGCUGAAAAAUCUCAUCAGCCUGACGUUUCUUUUGAAACAGCUGCGUUACAGUCUCAAGUGGCGUCUCUCGAGGCCGAGUGUGAAACCCUUCAGAGGAAAGUUGUGGAGGUGCAAGAAUCUCGUAAAGAAACCAUCCAUAAAGCGAAAGAGAAAGAUAGACACCAUCGUGAACAGCUGAAGCAGCAGAAAGAAGAUUACAGCGAACUUAAGGAGCGUUUUGAGUUGCAGAGCGGCGAGAGAGAAGUUCUUCUUACUAAAUUGAGGGAAUUCGAGGAAAAGGUGAGCACUGAGAAAGAAGACCUGCCUCACCAUGAGACCGAGCAACCUGCUGAAAACUUGGAGAAGCCAGCAGCAAAUGAUUGGGUCCAGGAGGAAUGGGUGGAUUUUGCUACAUCUGAGACUGAUUCAUCACAAUCACAAUCUAAAGAUCAGAUUCAGCAUUCUGCAGAGCAAUCUGAGGUUCCUCCACAAAUGGAGGAGUCUUUGAAAGCUCUAACAGAGGAGAUCCAGACUGUGCGGACGGCAAACACAGAGCUAGAAAAGCAGCUGCAGGAAACUCAUGCCAGCCUGUCACUGAAGGAGGCUGAGUUACAGGAACUUGGCAUAGAGCUCCAAUCACUGAGAGAGAAGGAAACACAGAUUGAUGUACUCUCAGAGGAAAUUAGUGAUCUCAAAGAAAAGUAUCGCCAAGCCGAAUCUCAUGCUGAAACCUUGAAGGCGGAGAUGGAAGCUGCAGCCAAAGCAGCACCUGCGGAUUCUGAAACCUCCAUCACAACUCUUCAGGCUGAAGUUGAAGACUUCAAGCAGUUUCUGGACAAUAAGAACCGUGAGAUCAUGGAGCUAAGCCAGCAGCUUAGCGAGCAGACCUCUCUCAUACACUCCAUGCAGGGUACAGUGUCUCAGAAGGAUCAGCUGAUAUCAUCUUUACAGGACGAGCUAAAGGCUGAGCAAGAGAAAAUCCAGAAGUUAGAGGUUGAGGUUCCACAGAGGCAGGAGGAAGAAAAAGACAAUGAGGCAAAGAUCCAGCAGCUUCAACGAAAGCUUCAGGCAGCUCUGAUCUCUCGCAAAGAGGUGCUCAAAGAAAACAAAACCCAGAAGGAGCAACUAGCUUCAAGUGAGAAGCUCAUAUCUGAGCUGCAGCAGAAGAUGGAGUCAGCAGAAGAUGAGCUGGAGAAGCUAAAAGCAGAAAAGGUUAAACUGAUCGACGAGGUUGACCGGAUGUUACUGGAGAACCAAAGCCUAGGGUCAUCCUGCGAGAGCCUCAAACUGGCCAUGGAUGGGAUACUGAGUGAGAAAGAUGCCUGUACGAGAGAAGUAGACUUGGCAAAAGAAGAGGCUGCCAGGGUGUGCAGAGAAUGGGAGGAAAAGGUUCAAGGCAUGAAGGAUGAAUAUGAGACUCUACUCAAGUCUUAUGAAAAUGUGAGCGAUGAGGCGGAGCGCGUGAGACGAGUCCUGGAAGCUGCCAGGCAGGAGAGACAGGAUUUAGCAGCCAAAAUGAGGACAAACGAGGCAGCGAGGCAGGAAGCUGAAAGGCAGACGGAGGAGUCGCAGAAGGAGGUGGAGUCCGUGAAAGACAAAAUGAGAAAGUUUGCUAAAACAAAGCAGCAAAAAAUAUUGGAAUUAGAGGAAGAGAAUGAGAGACUCAGAGAGAUGCAAGAAAGGCCUUCGAUGAAACGACAGGAUUCAUCUCACAAAGCUGAGCUCGGCAGACUUCGAGACGAACUGGGGAGUUUAAGAGAUGAGUUGGAUGCUACAGUAGCAGAAAGAGACUCUUUGGGGCAACAGAUUGAACAGCUGAAGGAAGAACUUGCCAAAACAGCAGAGAAAGACAUUGAUGAAGUUCAGGCUGCUACGCUGAACUCUGCAGCUGUUGUAGAAGAAGUUGUCACUGUCCAGCAGUCAGACACGACCAAAACAGAGCUUGUUGAAAGUCAAUAUGAUGACAAAGAAAAACCCCUCACCUCAGAAGAGACUCCAGAUGACCAAAUAAGUGCAGUAUCUGUACCAGAAACACAUUUGCAACCUACUGUGGAAAGAGAAGAAGCAGAUGUGACUGAAAGUGCUCAAUUUGUAUUAGAUGAUAAAAUGAGGGAGAUGGAGGCCACUGUUAACGCAGAGAGGGAGCUGUGGCAGGAACGAGAGGCUGAGCUAAAGACUGAACUGUCCUCUCUUGAGCAAAAUCUAGAGGAAAGUAAGGAGAAGGUGAGCAUGAUGGCCUCUCUGGAGAAGUGCCUGCAAGAGAGCAAAGAGAGAGAAAAGUGCCUGAUUGAAGAGGCUUCAAAGAGGGAAGCCCAGGUCAAAGAACUCCUGAAAAGCCUUGAAACUGAGAAAGAUAACUUGGAGGAGCGUCUGAUGAACCAGUUGGCCCAACUCAACGGGAGCAUCGCUGGCUACCAGCAAGAGGCAGCAGACACCAGGGAGCACCUGGCUGAACUUCAGCGGGAGGUGGAAAGGUUGGAGAGGGAGCGAGCCGAACUUGAAGCCCAGGCUCAGAGCGAGGGCGACCGAGCGGCCAGGCUGGAAGAGGACAUGAGACAAGCCCAGAGAGAGAGAGCCGAGGCUGAAGCAGAAUCCGGCAAGCAGAGGGAGCUGGAACAACAACUGAGGUCUGCUCAGAGGGUCAAAGAAGGAAGCCAGAGCAGAGCGCGUCAGCUGGAGGAACUGUUGAGAGAAAAGCAGCUAGAGGUCCGUCAGUUACAGAGGGACUCCAUCCAGUACCAAGAGAGGAUCAGUGAGCUGGGUAGGGAGGCAAAGGCGCUGCAGCUAGGCCACGACGAGAUCCACACGAAGCUAGAACAGUCUCAACUGGAGACGUCCAAAACGCUUGAGGACCUGAGAAGGACUGAGGCAGAGUUGGCAAGUAGCAAAUCCCACUUAGACGAAACCCAGAAACAGUUAAAUGAGGUUUUAGUCGAGAAAACAACUUUAGAACAGGACAGCCAGAAGAAAGAAGCUUUAAUCAAAGCAGAGGCAGAGCAAACCCUGGACUCUGUGAGAUUCAGGCUCGGGGGUGAACUAAAGGAGAUAGAGCUGAGACUGGAAGAUGCAGACAGAGAAAGAGAAAAGGAAGAGGAGGCCACGCUGGAGGCCAGAGAGAUCGCAAAAGGAGCCGAGAGACGAGCUCAGGAAAUGCAGGCCCGUCUGGAUGAGUCUCUUGCCAGGUUAGCCGCCUUCUCGCGCUGCAUGUCCUCACUGCAAGACGACCGGGACAGAGUUUUAGACGAGGCUCGGCAGUGGGAGACUCGCUUUAAUGAUGCUCUGCAGGGUAAGGAGGCUGAAGUUCGGGAGGCUGAAACACGAGCCAAGGAGCUGGCAGAGCAACUUCAGAAAGAAUCUGCACUGAAAGAAGAGCUUCAGCUCUCAGUUGACAGAUUAGAGAAAACCGACAAAGAUUGGCAGCUGAAAGUAGCAGAAGAUGAGAAGAACGUUCUACAGAGCCGCGCCGCCCUUGAAGAGGAGAGGAGCAAGUUACAGCAAACCACAGCUGAGUUGCAGUCUGCACAAAAUGAAGCCCAAGUCCUAAAAACUGAGCUGGAGAGUCUGCAUCAGAGGAUCCGGGCUCUGGAGGAGGCUGUAGGCGUGCUGCAGGAAGAAGUCGACCAGGCCAGGACUGCGCUGAAGGAGAGGGAGGUAGAAGAGAGGCGGCUGUGUCUGAACGUGGAGCAACUAGAGACAGACCUGCGCUCCUCCAAGGCCUUGACCGAGAGCCUGCAGACGGAGUUAAAUGAGAAGGAGAGGAGGGAAGUGGAACUUCUGGGGGAGAAGGAGCAAGCUGUUACUCAGGCUGCAGAGGAGGCUCGGAAGGAGGCGGACAGCAGGGCACAAGAAGCCGAAAAGGAGCUGGAGCAGAGGAGAGGGGAACUGCGGGAUCUGGAGGAAAAACUACGAAAGGCAGAGGAAGAGAGCAACAACAGAAAAGCCAGGCUGGACUCUUUCAUGAAGGCUAUGGGCUCUUUGCAGGACGACAGAGACAGAGUCCUCAACACGUACAAGCAGCUGGAGGAGAAACACCUGCAGGUAAUGAUGGAGAAAGAUGGUCUGAUCCAAGAGGCAGCAGGAGAGAACAACAGCCUGAAAGAAGAGCUGCGCUCUCUGCUGGUCCAGAGAGACGACCUGUAUGCUGAAAAGGCCAAACUGUCCGCUCAGCUUCACGGCUACCGUGAAGAACUUAAUCAAGUUCUUAGCAUGAAGGACUCCCAACACAAACAGCUUUUGGCAGCCCAGCGAGAACGGAUCGCCUCUUUGGAAAGGGAGCGUGAGGAGCUAGAAAGUCAGUUAAAGAGCAUGAGCCGAGCCAGAGAGACGGAAGUAGAAGCAGGUAAAGUGGAGAGGGAGAUUCUUAACCAGGCUGCUGACAGUAGGACAGUAUCACAGGUGAAAGAUGCUCCUGGUGCAGAGGUUGAGAAGCUGAGAGAGCAGCUGCAGGCAGCUAGAGAACAAGUGGAGGCUUUGGAAGAGCGUCUACAAACGGAGAGGCAAGAGCAGGAUAGCAGGAGCAAAGAACUAGCUGAACUGCGAUGGGAGGGAGGCGUGAUGAGGACAGAGUCGGAGAGCGCUCAGGAGAGGGUGGCAGAGCUGGCCAGUGAUCUGCUGGCUGUCGAACAGAAGCUGCUGGAGGAGAAAGAGGUGACGGCACGGCUGACAGCAGAGAACCAGUCCUUUGCUAAAUCCAUGGCCUCCCUCCAGGAUAGCAGAGAUCAGGCAGAAAACAAGGCCCAGGAACUGAGCCUGAGGCUGGAAGAGAUGAGCAAGGCAGGAGGCCAUGCAGCACACAGCAGCCCCGCAGGCUCCACUGGAGAAGUGUGGGGCUUGAAGAAUGCACUACAAGCCCUGCAGAACGACAGGGAGAGACUGCUGGAGCAGCUUCAAACACAGACGUCUGAGCUCAAGAAACAGAAGUCAGAGCUGGCUCGUCUGGGAGCGGGAGAGCUGAUUAAAGUCAGCCAGGAGCUGUUUGAUGAAAAGAAAAGGAAUGAAGACAUGCUGCGUGUUGUAGCACAGCUAGAGAAUGUUGUGGAAAUGGGCAAACAGGAAAUCGAGACCCUCAGACUGGAGCGAAUUGACUGGAUGGCUCAAGCCGAGCAGCUGAAGCAGCAGACCCUCACCACACUCUCAGAGCGGGACCAACAACUGCGACAGCUUACUGCCAUGCUGGAGGACGCCCGCACUCAUAAGCCCAAACUUCAACAGGAACGCUAUCAGAGAGAAGUAAGGGGCACAGAGGAAGUGGACAGUGCUCCUGGAGCCCCACAGGAGAGAAUUAACCUGCUGGACAGCCACGCCUACGUUGCUGAGGUCAAAGAGCUGCAGCGAAGACUGGAUGAAGAGACACAGCAGAGGAUAGCAGCUGAGGAGCAGCUGAUGGCUACGCAAGAUCAACUUGAACGUCACAGCCAGGCUAAAUGGCACUCUGCACAAGAAGGGGAUCACUCAGAGACCGCUGUUUUCAUCGAGCCGCCGGAAGGAGCUGUCACUCGACAGACUCGAAGAGGCGGCCCCGGUUUGAUGCGGAUGCUCCGAGUGGCCUUCUGCUCCCGCCAGCGCACCCCUCUGCUGUUCAGCCUCUAUCUGCUCACUGUGCACGUCCUGCUGCUGCUGUGCCUGGGCGGAUACCUCUGAAACCAGCUCCCCUUUAACAAUCCCCGACAAGAUUAGAAGAGAGGGAGAAAGGGACAAAAGGAAGGGAAAGAAAAUGGAAAUGUGACACAGACCUAACCCAAGCCAACAUAAUGUUUGAUAUUGUUACGUGUAAUAAAUUAGGAAAAAAAGGGGGAAUGAGAAACGCUCUACACGCAAACACUGCACUUUACCAGGACUUCAACUUUUAGCCAAAGUAUAUAGAUUUAUAUAGGGAGGUGUUGUCAUUGAUUUUUAACCAUUUUGAUCUUUUAAUGGCUUUCAGGUGUGUAUGGCAGGUUUUUCAAAACCCCAAACAAAGAGGACAUAAAAGGGAUUAAUUAUCCUUUGCUUAAAAAUCUUUAGGAGUAAAUCAAGUAUUUUGGCAGAUGGUGUUCUUCAUGUGCCUUUAGAUUUGGAUAUAAAAGGGUCACUUAACACUAAAGCAAAAGUUUGACAUCUUGGGGAAACCACUGUCUUGUCUGCCUUGUUAGAUUUAAGGCUACAGCUUAAAGGGGACCUCUUAUGCUUUUUCCUUAUAUUCAGACUGGACUAGCUUUGUCUUCAAAGUGACAAAAUCCACCCACCAGCACCUCUGAAGCUCACCAAUUAACAUGUAAUAUAUUGUUUGAUUCAUCCCUACAUAAGCCUUGUAUUUAAUGGUCAGAUGUGUGAGUGGUAUCUUUCUCUUUGUCUAAUUAUCCAACCAGAAAGUAAGUUUAAUAUAUUUCCCCAACAUGUCAAACUUGUUCCAUUCAGCUGGCUUGAGGUUCAGGAUGUGCUGUGAUAGUCCAGUCUCUUCCUCUUCUGCUCGUUUUAUGCACAAAAAAAAAAUGGAGCACAGUGCAAUUUCUGUUCCUACACAUUCCUAUCAUGUGAGUUUUUUUCUUUUCUCUAACUGUCCCCUUAUAUAAGUCACAUUUUAAAAAAACAACAAAAAAAGAGAGAGAGAAAUAUUAUAUUGAUAUUUAUACUUGUAUGUCACGUAUGUCGGCUGGAUGUGGGUUUUUCCUCUUACAUACCCAAUAAGACCCCCCCCUUCCUGACCCGUCCACAUUUAUUUCUGUUGCACAGAUGUAGAGUUUACGGUUUGCCCUUUAGUUUUUAAGGCAGAUGAAGUUGCCAUUCAGGUGCAAUGUUAACCACAGUGUGGAUUCAUUCCAGAGGAGAAAGACUGCUGUGUUUUUUCCCAAUAAUAUCCAUCCCAUUAUAGACUACUGUGAUGUAGCAUAAUUUAUUAUUAUAAGUUGAAACUGUUAAAUCGUUCACUACUUACUGUAAAUCUAUAUUGCCAUUGUCUUCUUCCUUCUUCCUUUCUUUCUAUCUUUCUAUCGCUCACUGUGGGUAGAUGGAUUACUGUACGCGUCUUCUUUAAACGUCCAUGUUUUUCCUUCACAUCACAUCACAUCUCACACACACACACACACUGAAAUAAUCUGAAAUUGAACUGUAAAUAACUGUUUAAAAGGGCUGUAAUUAAAGUGUUGGGGGUUUAGAUCAGGGAAUGAUCUCCUCAAAUAUUAUUGGCUCGUUCAUGUGGCUGUAGGAAAAAAAACUAAAUAUUGGGAUUUUUUUUCCUCAUUGUUGCCGUCCUGUUCAAAAUUGACAUAUAGGAGAUACAUUUUAUGAGAAAAUCUGCAUAUUUUUCAGCUUUUAGAUUAUGCAUUUUUCAGAUAAUCCAGAUAAUGUUGUAAGGAUUUAUUGAGUUUGAGAAGUAGAGGUGUCUCAUGCUUUGAGGAUCAAUUAAUCCUUCAUUUAAUUUAUUUUACACUAAAGUUAAAAUAACCUAAAUUGGAGAUACAUGGAUGUUGUAUGAGGACUUUUCUUAACUGUUUUCUGCAGCUCAGUUCAUUUUGAUUUCCAUAAGCAGAGUCUGAAAUGUAAAGCUCAGGUUCAGACCAAACAAGUGGAAGUCAUGACAUACUGUGAAGUCUUCAAAAUGAAAUUCAAAACUUAAUUACUGGUUUUAAAUGGGUAAUAAUGCAUCGCUUUAUGGAAAGAUAAAAAACACUUAAAUCACACACCACAUUCAAAAACCUUUUAUGUUAAUUUCAUGUGGAGGUGAAAUCUUGGUCUUGAUCUUACUUUCCUGUAAAAGUUGUAAGUAGCCUGUUCACACGGGGACUUUGGUUUACUUAAGAAAACGGUUUUUGAAACAAUUAUAGAUCACAACACGGAGGAAAGAAUAAACAUGUUCAGUAAACAA